CACUUCUCCUGAAUCCUGACACAUUUCUUGGUUUGAUCUAUGUGACUCCCAGAAAUUGAAUUCUCGAUAAGAUGCGAAUACGGAACUUCCAUAGUGCUUUACAAACUCGGUUUCUAUGUCUCCGCAGGAAUGGGCCUCGAUCGACGAGAGGUGUGGCUGGAUCCGUCCAUACGCCGAUUAGAUAUCCCGCCGAUGAACUGUUCGGAUAUACAUCCGGGAGAUGGAUUUACAAUGAGCAUUUACGAUUAUCAGAGCGCUACCUCAAGUUUGACGUAGUCGCCCUGAAGAAGGCUAUUGCCGUUGCAUGUGGCGGCAUUUCAUCCGACAUCGCUACCUUCUCAAAGUUAUCGGAAGGCGGAUUCAACCGUUUGUUCCAGGCGACUUUCAAAGAUGGCAGGUGUGUCAUUGCGAGGUUGCCGUAUCCGUCUACGGUACCUGAGCACUACACUGUGGCUAGCGAGGUAGCCACUCUGGACUAUCUACGGUUACAUGGGAUUUGCACACCUGAGGUGUACGCAUGGUGUUCGACAAAAACAAGCCCUGUUGGCUCUGAGUACAUUAUUAUGGAGAAGUUGGGCGGUACCCCUCUCGGCGAUACGUGGUAUUCGAUGACACCAAAAGAGCAGCACAAAAUCAUGAAACAAAUUGUCGAGUGGGAGGCGCGAUUGAUGUCGUUAGAGUUUCCCGCGUAUGGAAGUCUAUACUAUCGCAGAGACCUUCCGUCAGAGAGAAAUGUUCCUCUACCAAGUCAGGAGGAUGUUGAAUUCUGUGUAGGACCAAUAGCACACUAUAGUUGGUGGCAUGAUGAAAGAAGCACACUGAAUAUUGGCCGAGGACCGUGGCUGUCAUCUACUGAUAUAUUUCAGGCUGUUGGUGAGCGGGAAUUAUGUUGGACGAAAAAUUACGCGAAACCUCGACUUCCCUAUGAACGCCUCUACAGGGAAAUAUAUCACUUUUCCAAGGUCUCGCCUGAUACCCACAUGAGAAAUCUGUCUGAUUACCUAAAAUUGGUACCUUUCCUUGGAUUUGGGGCUGGAACGGCGCUGCAUCGGCCGGUCAUGCGACAUCCUGAUUUCCAGCCAAACAAUAUUCUUGUGUCAGAUUCAAAUGAAAUACUUGGAUUGAUUGAUUGGCAACAUUCCUCUAUUCUUCCUCUGGGUCUCGCAGCUGGGAUACCAAAAUACUUUCAGAACUACGGUGACCCUGAAUCAGAAGAGCUUAGAAAACCCCAGCUAGAUCUUCCGCCAAACUUUGAGUCACUAUCCCACUCUGAGCAAGCAUCGAUACGUGAGACGCUCCGAAAAAGAUUGGUUCAUUUUCUUUAUGCUGCUUUCACUGGACGGCUGAACGAAGAACAUUAUGAUGCAAUAUUUGACAACUCCGUUAUAUUACGUCAACGGCUCUUUAAGAGCGCGGGCACCCCAUGGGAAGGUGACUCAGUUACUCUGCGGGCUGAUAUAAUUCGUGCCAUACGAAGCUGGCAGAAUUUGCUCUCAGCUGACUCUGCGGUGCAUGGCGAAGGAGACCCUCCUCUGUCUCCUGUGCAGUACUCGGAAAGGACUAUUCAAGACACUCUUUAUCUUGACACGCAACAAAAAGAAGCUGACAUUGCAAUGGAGCAAAUGCGGGAUGCUUUAGGCGUCGACGAAUUGGGAUGGGUCCCGAAUAGUGAGUACGAAGCUGCGAAAGAAUUGGCGCAAGAAAUCAAAAGCAAAAUGCUCGAAGUAUCCGAGACUGCUGACGAUGUAACUGGGGUCCGCGAGCACUUUCCGUUUGAUGAUUUUGAUGAGAAGAACUGAAAAUCAAUCUUGUACGAUAACUGCAGUAUUCUGCACAUCAUAUAUGACACUACUUGACCAAACUUUGUGACAGCUAGCCAGCAUAGUCUUUCCCCCCGACAACCUAUUUUCCACACC